AAAAACAAACAUAAUUUAGGUUGGGUUUUUAUGGCAAAUUAUAUGUAGAUUUUUCAUGCCUCAAUUACUGUUACGUUUAUAUUUCGAAUCAAAAAUAACUUCCGUAUCUAUAACCCUUUAUACGAGGAAAAGGAAAAUUUUAUUAAAUUAUUAAACAAAGUAAAAAAUUAAAACUCCCUCAGUCGCUAUCCUAUAGCUCGAUUGAUAAAACAGGUACAUAUAUUUUAUCUUUAUCUUCCCUGCGGUCGGCGGGUUUAUAUAUAGGUAUAUAUUCUCAGCAAGUGGCGUCUGCUGUUUGCAUAAAGUACCGAAGUAUUUUGCGCGACUCCGAUAUUAGAAUAUGAGCAUUUUUUAGUGCCUAUAAUUCUGAUAGUAUUAGAGAUUACUAUUACCUGAUGUAUUUUUUACAAAAAGCUAAGCACAGGUAACAUUGGAUAUCAGUCAAUGACGAAAAAAAACCUUUUACUUUGUCCUAUCUAAUAAAGCAAAAUAAUUUGUAGGUGACAGUUUGAUGCCAUUCAAUUAUAAAUAAAGCAAAAUGACAACAGUAAAGUAUCAAGGUGGCAUUGACAUUCUACGUCUACCUGUUAGUGAAGAGGAACAUGUUCAUCCACCAUGGUAUUUUAAAUAUACACAAUCUCACAUACUCCAUUCAAAGUGUUCAAUAACUGGUCAAGAAGAUAAAGGCUGUAAAGAUGAUAAAAGCGCUUGUCAAUUCUGCACGUACAGUCGUGCUCUUGAGAUGCCACAUAUGCCUGACAUGGUUUUUCCAAACAAUGUUCUUCAUUUAAAACACAAAAAUGGCGCGUUUUUGGAAUUUCGAGCCUUAAAUGCCUUGCAGAGAGUAUCCAAUGGCAAAAUUAACAUACAGCUUGCUUGUGCUGAGGCUUGGCGCGAAUCAAGAGCAGAAAGUAAAGAGUACAUGAAGGAGACAAUAAAACCUUUUGAUUGGACUUUUACCACAGAUUAUAUGGGAACAAUGUCAGGAUUUGAAGUUGAAGAUACCGAAGAACGUAUUGACGUAGAAAAAUUAAAACGUAAAGAUAAAAUACUCUUUUAUGUUGAUCUCACCCUAUUUGAGGACGAAUUGCAUGAUAAUGGAAUAGCAUCUUUAUCAGUUAAAAUGAGAGUUAUGCCCGGAACACUUUACAUCCUACUUCGUUAUUUCUUGAGAAUUGACAAUGUUAUGUUAAGAGUAAAUGAUACACGUAUAUAUCAUGAAUUUGGAAAAGAUUAUCUGAUACGUGAAUACACAUCUAGAGAAGCAAAAGUUGAGGAUAUUAAAGUCUCAUCGGCACUUUUUGUACUGCCAAACGAAAUCGCCCCACAUUUGCCAUUGGUCAAAAGUUACUAUCACAAACUGAAAAUUUUGCCAAAAGUGGAGUCUUCAAUAAAAAAUACAACAGUAUCAGAAACGGCCAUUACUACUACUACUACAACAACUACUAGUGAAAAUAGUGCAAAGGAUUCAACCGCCGGAUCAUCAGUACAAAGUUUCGGUACUCCUACAAAUACAGAAGAAAAAUAGUAAAGAUUGAUGAACUGAUUACUUUUUUAAAUGUGCUCCAAACGUUGUAUUAUUCAUGGAACAAUCAAAUUGAUCUAUUGAUUACACUGUGAAAUUAAAAGAAACUAUAAAAUAUACCCUUAAAUUAUAUCAUUAGUUAUAUCAUACACACAUUUUAUAGAGUUCAUUGACAUUUCCGUACAAAUGCGAUUUAUUUUAUGUAAAAAGAAAUUUUUUAAUAAAAAAAUUGAAAACAUUAAUUAAAAUA